AUUCAUUCAUUCUGCAUUUGACAUUUGUCAGUUCAUUCACAAGUUUUGAGGUUAUCCAGUCUCUAUUGUUAAAUCGUAAUGGGAGACUCAAGUUUCAAGCCGAAGAUCAGCACAGGCAAUCAAGAUCCCGUGCUCAAAAAAGCCGAGCUCGAUUAUAUGAAACUAAUAGAACAGAAGAACCUGGAACGCGUAGCGAAGUUGCAACAAAUAAACAGACGCAAUAGGUUCACUGGUUUUGCAAUCGGAGCUGGAGUGUUCAGUAUUUACCUGUAUUCUAUCUUCGCAGUGAAGCAAGAGACAUUCCUCGACGAUUUUAACGAACCUGCGAAGGUUCAACAAUAAUGGCUGCGGUAAGGAAAGCUGCGCAGAUUAGAUUGCCUCCUCUUCCGAGUAUCAAAGAUGUCAUCAGGUUGUAUAAGUUGCGCGCACUCAAGGAACUGUCUCAAAACUUUCUGUUGGAGCCCCGGUUGAUCGAUAAAAUAGUGCGCGCCGCUGGAAAUAUAGAGAACCAUGUAGUGUGUGAAGUUGGACCAGGCCCCGGAGGUAUAACAAGAUCCAUAAUACAGCAGGCUCCGCGCAAAGUAAUUCUCAUUGAAAAGGAUCGUCGAUUUACGCCAUCACUAGAACUCCUAGCAGACGCAUGCAGAGACAAGGUGGAUGUGGAUAUCAUCAAUGGUGACAUCUUGAAAACAGAUAUAGCUAGUUUUUUGCCUGCAGAUGUGAAGACAGAUUGGUUGGAUCCCCCACCACCUAUUAAUCUUAUUGGUAACCUGCCUUUUAGUGUGUCAACAAUACUAAUCAUUCGUUGGCUAGAAAUGAUUUCCAAACAAGAAGGACCUUGGGCUUUUGGCCGUGCUAGGAUGACUUUGACCUUCCAAAAGGAGGUUGCCCAGAGAAUGGCUGCACGCAUUUUAGAUAGCCAAAGAUGUCGUUUGUCAGUUAUGUGCCAGACCUGGUGUAAUGUAAACUACAAAUUUGACAUAAAUGGUUCAGCAUUCCUACCAAAACCGGAUGUUGAUGUGGGUGUAGUAACUCUUACCCCUCUCAAGCAACCGUUGAUAAAGUUGCCUUUCAAGAUGGUAGAGAAAGUGGUGCGUCAAAUAUUCUCAAUGAGGAGAAAAUAUUCAAUUAGAGGAGCCCAGACCUUGUUUCCGGAGGAAGUGCGUGAAGAAAUGGCUUUGAAAAUGUACCAAAUGGCUGACAUUGAUCCUGUUACAAGGCCUUAUCAAAUUGCUAACAUGGAAUUUGGUAGGCUUUGUGAGGCCUACAAUGAAAUUAUUAAAAAACAUCCUGAAUUAGAAAGCUAUGAUUACCGAGCACCUAAAAACAAAAAUAAGGAAAUAGUGCAACAGGAGGCAAUGGAAGA